UGUUGGGUGUUGGUGCAGCAAAAAAAAAACCAACCAUGACCAGUCUGAUGGAACCAAUCACACGUGCCAUGAACAACCUUGCCAACACAUGGUUUUGAAGUGCAGCCAUAUGGAGAAACUGACACAAGGGUAGUGAAAGUAUAUCCUAUAGUUGCCACAAUGGAUCUGCUUGCCAUGUGUUUGACCAGGAGAUGACACAGUUCAAUGGUGAACAUGGCUGUGGCGUGUGUGGAGCACCCAGGCACCGUGGUAAAGAAGGGUGCUGGUCAUGUAAGAGCAUACGCUCCUGGACAGCAUCAGCUAAGAACAUCAGAGAGGAUGAUUCAACAGGCAAAGCACGCUCUAGAAACCCACCAUCCUGUCAUGGGCAUCAAAGGGCUACGGCAUGCUGUUUGAAAUUCAGCAGUGUGACCAGCACAAAGAUGUUGUAGUGGAUUAUCUACAUGCGGUAUGCCUUGGUGUCAUGAAGCAGCUUUUUACACUAUGGUUUGGCAAGUCGAAGCAUAUGCAUACUGGAUUGGCAACAUGGUGGAUGAAGUAAGCACCCGCUUAACCACAAUCAGACCGCCAGACGUCAUCAGUCGUACUCCGAGAAGUCUUAGUGAGAGAGCACACUGGAAAGGUUCUGAGUACAGAAACUUUCUCCUGUAUUAUGGAGUCUUCGUGCUGGAAGGAAUCUUGCCAACAGACUACCUGAUACACUUUGGAUUUCUUUCGGCUAGCAUCAGAUUGCUGUCAAAAGACUGCAUCACCCCAGAUGACUUGACAACUGCCGAUAGACUCUUAGGGAAAUUUUAUUUCCUACAUAAGGAACUCUAUGGGCUGGAGAACUGUACCAUGAAUGUGCACGUCACAAGCCAUCAUCUAGUCAGCUGUGUUCGACUAGCCGGGCCUCUUUGGGCAACAUCCACCUUCCCAAUGGAGAGUAAUUUGGGUCAGCUGGUGAAGAUGAUUAGAGGAUCUCGCAAUGUUGGAUUUGAGAUGGUGUGUGCAUUCCUUGAUAUGCAGAAAUCGAAAUUGAUGACUACAGAAACAGACUCGAAACAUGUGUUUCAGAAACUGUCAAGUGACAUCCAUGUGCCAUCAAGGAGAAGGACUGUCAUAGUGCCAGGUGCUAUUAGACAGGCAUUGUUGGAAGCAGGUCUACCAAUAAACCCACUUGCUAAGGUCAUCACCUUCACAAGCAUAAAACUCAACGGUGAGAGAUUCUACAGUGCUGAGUCGCCAAGAGUCACGAAAAGAUGCAGCUACUACGUGGAGACCGAGUACGGUAUCGCAAAGAUUUUGCGGUUUAUGCAACUGUCUGCACAGGACAUAAACGUGUAUGCUGUGACCCAUGAUGUAGAGGUUAAUGGGAUACCCGGUUACUACAGAUCAGCAGCUAAAGCCAUUCAGGACUUCGGAGAGUCACUACAAGUGAUCAGUUGUGGAGUACAAUCAAUCACACUACCAGAUCCUCUGUGUGCUGUGAGGAUCAUCCCAGUAAAAAAAAUAAAACAUAAAUUAAUGUUGCUGUCAGUAGACCAGAAAAAUGUGGUGUGUUCCUUGCCCAACCAAUGGGAAUUAGACUAGAUGGGAGUUAGUGAUCAGCUAGCUGGUUGGACGAAUGUGCUGGAUGGAUGACAAUAGAAAGAGAAGGUGCAUGGGUCUACUAUCAAGCAGUUUAACCAAUGCUGUCAACCCUCUGGUUGGUGACCAGUAGACCAGAACAGUUUGGGAAGCUUUUAGCAGCAUUCAUGAACCUAGCUCACUUCUACACAACUGCUUUCUUGACACGUACAUACAUUAUUGGAGCUCCUCUAUAAUACACUGAUAUGUCUACACGACCUGCACGAGUUGGAAAAGUAUGGGUUCGUGUCCAGUGGACAGAUGGUUUUACGGACGUCUUGUCGACUGACAGGGCAGUUCGAUUCAAGAAAAUAGCCGUUGGAGAGCAAGCAACAUGCGUGCUGCAGGGAAAAACGCACACUGGGAAGGUGAUAGAAAUUGCA